ACAAAAUGAAAAUUUAAUUUCGAAAAUGCUCUUCAAUUUGCUCUCGGUCAGUCACUUGAUGCUCUUGUAGAGUUUGAAGAUUCUUCGCUUGAAGCAUUACAGUAGAAGAAUGAUGUAUGGAAGUCAAUUCGACGGCAACGCUGCCUUCUCCGGGGGCGGAUUCAUGCCAUCUCAGGCUACCCAGGCCCCUGAUCCUUCCUUCUCGCCGGCGAAAAAUCGAGAUGUCCAGUCAUUGCUUCCGUUAACAGUGAAGCAGAUAAACGACGCAUUCUUGUCUAGUGGUGAUCAAUCGAAUUUUGUUAUUGAUGGCGUUGAUGUUAAUAAUGUUAAGCUUGUAGGAAUGGUGCGCAAUAGAGCAGGAAGAAUUACUGAUGUGACCUUUUCACUGGAUGAUGGCACUGGAUGGAUUGAUUGUAACAAAUGGGUCAAUGAAGCUGCAGAUUCAAGUGAAGUUGAGGGAAUACUGGAUGGCAUGUACGUCCGGGUCCAUGGCCACUUGAAAAGCUUCCAGGGAAGAACUUUGAAUGUCUUUUCUAUCAGGCCUGUGACCGACUAUAAUGAGAUCACAAGUCACUUCAUUGAAUGCAUAUAUGUUCAUUUUUACAACACCAGGUUACGGAAACAACAAAGUAGCAGUAUGACUACUCAGCCACCGGUGCCAAAUUUAUCUAAUACUCCUAAGAAAGGAUAUCAAGCUCCCAUUCUUAAUCAAUAUUCUGGUCAAGUGGGUGGUGAUGGUUGGAAGAGCCUUGAGCAGAAGAUUUUAGAUUUUUUGCAACUUCCUUCAUGCGAUACUGAGAGGGGUGCACACCGUGAUGUCAUUGCUCAACAUCUUAAAGUUCCACUCGAGAAGCUCAUUCCAGCGAUGAAAAAUCUAGAAGAGGAAGGCCUGAUGUACUCAACUACUGAUGAAUAUCACUUCAAAUCAACUGCCAACGGUUGACGUCUCUAUUAUGGUGUAGCUAAGGCAAGAAUAGGGAGAAGCCUGCAAAGGUGGAUUUGGCCGAUUCCCAGAAUGUAAGGGUAUGUUAUUUCCAAUCCACAAAAACCUGUAGCUUAUUUUUCUUCUGGUGAAGUUAGAGGCUAGACCAUUGUUUUUUGUUGAUACAUACAUGCAUUCCCAGUGUAGCUCAAACCUUAACUAAAAUCCUCUAUCUUUUGUGCUUUAAUAAACUUGUCUCCAUUGAAUCGUAAUCCUUAGGAAUCUUAGAUGUCUUUAUUAGGUGGUUUUAAAGUAUGGUUUUUUUACAUAAUUAUUCUUUUUAGAUUGGUGUUUCUCAUACAUGCCCCU